GCGAAGGAGCGAGGGAAAAGUUUGCAGAAGACGCAGCAACGGAGGACAAGGUAACGAAGGGAGAUAGCAACAGGACAUGAGCGGGACUGCCCUACGCACGACAGACAGGUUCUCGUUGCAUGUGGUAGGGAGACUGGACGGACCAUUGGUGUUAGUGAUCGCAAAGCUCCAGCUUCAUACUAGGUUGUGUAUAGUUGAGGAGGCAGAGUAUGUUCGUCGUGCAUUGCGUGAGGCUAGGGGAACAGGACUUUGGAUCGGAGUGGAAGGAGGACGAAGGAUAAAAUACGUACUUCGAGUGACACCUUUCGAAGGGCGGUCUCGGAUAAGGGCGUGGUACGAGACGACCAGAGAGGCUGAGAGGCUGAAGAUAAGCGAAGCCAGGAGAGCUGGGGAGCUAGGGAGAGUUAUAAUAGACGGAGCGAUACUGAGGGUGUUAGCUGCUCACGACCGAUACUGGAGGGAAUCAAUAACGACUUUAGAGGCUAUAGAGGAUAGUGAAGAUGAAGAAGAUUUUGAGAUGUUCUAUGGCAUAUUGGAGUUGUCGGCGAUGAGAUUACGAGUAGCUGUAGCACUGACUUCCCUCAAAUACUACACAGAUGACCUUAUAGCUGUAUGGGACGAUUUCAUACCUCUGCUAACAGACUUCAGAAUCUUUCAUUCUGAAAUUUCAACCGGGACCGCAGGGCUCGCGAGACGUAUGGGCGAGCUAGAAGACUGGAUGAUUACUCGCGCAGUCCUUGCUAUGAGGCCGAUGGGGGUAGAGGCGAUUCUUGAGGCCGGUGGGAGUCAGAUCAGGGCCGGCGAGACGGGUACAGAGAUAGUAGAUAUGAGAGAUCGGACCGAGAUGGAUAUAGGAACGACAGAUAUGAGAGGACGGAUCGAGAUGGAUACAGGGGUGGCAGGAAUGAGAGAGGAGAUCGAGACGGGGACCGACAAGAUGACUCGGGCGGUCGGUAUGACCGCGGGGGAUUCGCGAGGGCGCAGCGUGACGAUUCGCGGGGGUGGUACGAUCGAGGAGAUCGACGCGAUGAGUCACGCGGGCGAUACGACCAUGGGGACCGUCGGAAUGACUCACGGGGACGAUAUGAGCAAGGAGGAUCCGGAGGAGACCGCCGCAAUGAUUCGCGCGGCCGGAACGAGAGAGGGGGAUAUGUUGAGCGCGGACGAAAGGCCACCCACUCCUAGGAACUCUUGCGUCUACUGUAGAGGAGAUGAUCAUAUCAAGAGAGACUGCCCGGAUCUCAAACGGGCAAUAGAUGAGGGACUUGUCGUGCUUGAUGACCGCAAGUAUGUCAAGUGGGAAGAUGAUCCGGGAGACGUGUCGAUGUUCCCUUCGAUGAAUGAGAAUGUUGAAGCAAGGAGAGUAAAGCCGAGUAAAAGAAAGGAACCGGUUAGGAGCCAGAGCAUCAAGAUAACUUUCGAAGGAGAUACGGCAACCACACCCAUAAGGGUAGCAGCUACCAAGUCGGCAAGGGGGUCUACAUCGAAGAAGACCGACACGGAUUACGUGAUGGCGGAGAAGGACGGACAACGGAUCGAUGGAGAGGAGGUAAAUCUUUCGCCACGAAAGGAGGGAGGGAAGAAGUUCUUGAUGAAGAGUUCACUGUAUGAGAUUGACACGGUCGAGCCAUUGAGACGGGUCUUUCGGCAGCCCAUGCAGUGCUCUAUUCUGGAAUAUAUGGCGGCGUCCAAGCCGGCUCGCGACGAGUUACAGAUGAUCACGCGAAAGACUCGCAUACCUCUAUCAGAGGAGGCUCAGGUGGCCUCAAAGGCGGAUGCUCGUACUGUAGCAGUAUCUUAGGUGACAGCUAGAGCGGAUCGCAUGACGACAG